AUGUCCGGUCAAGAAGAGCAGCUCAUCGAGUUGCUUUUAACGCUCAAGAAAACAACACCGGAGCAAGCACGCGCUAUUCUCGCGUCGACACCACAGAUCGCAUAUGCCCUCAUCGGUUUGAUGGUAAAAAUGAAUGCUGUAGACGUCCAAGUCCUGCAGAAAACGCUCACGAACUACUCGGCAUCGAUCCAGCAACAGCAACAACAGAAUACAGGCCCAUCAACGGCGCCCGCCAUGCAGCCUGCUUCUGCCAUCCCGCCACAUCUACAGCAGUACCGCACGCCAACGCCGCAGUCGCAAACGCCACCACAUGUGCCGUCGCAUACUCCUACCCCUCCUCAUUACUCCAAUGGACAUGGGCAGGCUCCACAGCAAAAUUACGGUUAUGGAGCGCCCUCGCACUAUGGUGGACAAGGAGGAUAUGGCGUGCCGCAGCAAGUUCCCAUGGGUGGUGGUAUGAUUCCAGAUGCUCUGGCAUCGAUCCCUGAGGAGCAAAAGGCGAUGAUUAUGCGCGUCAUAGCUAUGACACCAGAUCAGAUCAACAUGCUCCCACCGACAGAGCGCGCAAGCAUUAUUCAGCUGCGCGCAACGCUAGGGCUGCCGUCAUAA